AUGCCUGGUGGGGGUGCUGCAUCUGCUUUAAUUAAAUUGGGUGUCAUUGCUGGGCUUGGUGUGUAUGGAGUUUCAAACAGCCUAUACAACGUUGAGGGAGGGCAUAGAGCUGUCGUUUUCAACCGUAUUAUCGGUAUCAAAGAUAAGGUUUAUCCUGAAGGAACACACUUGAUGAUCCCAUGGUUUGAGAGGCCAAUCAUUUAUGAUGUUCGUGCACGACCACAUUUAGUGGAGAGCACUUCUGGUAGUCGUGACCUUCAGAUGGUAAAAAUUGGUCUGCGGGUUCUCACUCGUCCAGUGCCCGACCAAUUACCCUCUAUAUACCGAACUCUCGGUGAAAACUACAAUGAGAGAGUCCUGCCUUCAAUUAUUCAUGAAACUUUGAAAGCUGUUGUUGCCCAGUAUAACGCUAGUCAGCUUAUCACCCAGAGAGAGGCUGUCAGUCGGGAAAUAAGGAAAAUAUUGACAGAGAGAGCUGCCUACUUCAACAUUGCAUUGGAUGAUGUGUCCAUUACAACCCUGACUUUUGGUAAGGAAUUCACAGCUGCAAUUGAAGCUAAACAGGUAGCUGCACAAGAGGCUGAGAGAGCUAAGUUUGUGGUGGAAAAAGCUGAGCAAGACAAACAAAGUGCUAUUAUUAGAGCACAGGGUGAGGCCAAGAGUGCUCAGCUGAUUGGUCAAGCUAUCGCCAACAAUCCAGCAUUUAUCACACUGAGAAGGAUCGAAGCAUCUCGGGAAAUUUCACAUACUAUUGCAAAUUCCAACAACAAGGUGUUCUUAAAUUCUGAUGAUCUCUUGCUGAACCUUCAAAAUUUGAAGUUGGAGGCUGGGAGGAAGUAA